UGACGACAUUAAAACGCGACGUUGUUAAAAUUGAAGGCGACGACGCAGUAAGCAUGGAGGUUUUUGUUGUGUCGCCGUUUUCAAGAUUUAUUCACGGUACCGUGCCACACGAGUCGACUGUCAACGACCUGAUAGGACUGUUUAACCCCGGAGAGGGCAUCUCGUGUGUGGACUUCUAUGUGAAGAACAAUGGCCGAAUAUCAGCUGGUGAUGAGAGACUGCAAGCUGGAGCGGUUUAUCGCCUCGAGCCUCGCUUAUGUGGCGGCAAAGGAGGUUUCGGCUCCAUGCUGCGAGCUCUCGGGGCGCAGAUCGAGAAAACCACCAACCGAGAGGCCUGCAGAGAUCUGAGUGGGCGCAGACUCCGAGAUGUCAAUCACGAAAAAGAAAUGGCGGAGUGGCUGAAAAAGCAGGCCGACCGUGACGCGGAGAAGGAACAACGGCGCUUGGAGCGGAUUCAGAGGAAACUGGCCGAACCCAGACACCGUUUCACGGACACGGAGUACGAGCAGCAGUGUCACAAUCUCUCCGAGAGGCUGGAGGACUCUGUGCUUAAAGGCAUGCAGGCUUCAUCCAGCGGCGUGGUACGGGCAGAAGAAAAGCCGCUUCGUAAACGCCCAGCUACCAAAAACGGAAACACGUCUUCAAAGAAGAAAUGCUUCUGGACCGGCCUCGAGGACCUUGAGGACGUGGACAGUUCGGAAGGUGAGAGCGAUGAGAGUGAAGCUGAAGCUUCUUCCUCGUCCUCGUCUUCUGGCGCUGGCCCUUCCUGCAGCUCUCGGCAAGCAGCAGUACCGACAGCGACAACUAGGGAGCAGGAGAAAGCAGAGUCUCAGGACCGACCCAGCAGCAGCAGUUCCAGCGCCGGCUCAGCGCCCUGCUCCCCGUCUCCCAGCCAGGAGAAAGCAGAGUCUCAGGACCGACCCAGCAGCAGUUCCAGCGCCGGCUCAGCGCCCCGCUCCCUGUCUCCCAGCCAGGAGAAAGCAGAGUCUCAGGACCGACCCAGCAGCAGUUCCAGCGCCGGCUCAGCGCCCCACUCCCCGUCUCCCAGCCAGGAGAAAGCAGAAAAGAACGAAGAACCUGGACAGAUGGAGUGCAGUGAAAAAGAAGACAACACGCAGAACGUCAGCAAUCAAAAGGAAGCUGAGAAGGACAGAACUGUGGAGACGAAAGAUUGCGCAGACACACAGCCAGUUCACCCAGAGGAAGCGGACACUCCAUUAAACCUGCUGUCUGUGAGCGGGGUGGAGGAGCUGGAGGCUCUGGGUCUGGAGCGGCUGAAGGCUGAGCUGAUGAAUCGAGGGAUGAAGUGUGGAGGGACACUGCGAGAGCGUGCCGCUCGCCUAUACUCCGUCAGAGGACUGAGUGCUGAUCAGAUCGACCCGACGCUCUUAGCCAAACCCAGCAAGGGCAAAAAGAAAUAACCAGGACAUAUAGAACAUUCAGGUUGUUGUGGGGUUUUUUUUUUGGGUUAGAGGUGUUAAACUCUAUCUUUUUUUUUUUUUUUUUAUAUAUAUAAAUAUUCCCUUUUUAUCUUAUAUGUAAUUUCACUGCCAUCUCCUUGCUUGCUUUAAGGCAGAAUGGAAAGGAGGCUUUCUGUCUGUUAAUGUAACUAUGUGCCUUUAUCCUGAUACAGUAAUGUAAGAAUAAACGUGAUAAUUUCAUACUAAAGAGGAUCAUUUUAAGGUUUAAGGGAAAUAAUAAUAGAAUGUUUUUUGUUCAUUUUCUGCUGAUUGGGCUGUUAAACUAUGUACACUUGUGUGUAUUUUUGUUUAACUGUUACUUGUAAUACUGUAAAUAAAGCUUGGUGGAAAAAUGACAGAACAGCCUGCUUCAGAA